GGCGGAUAGAUAGCUGCAGCCUCGGAGGCUCUCUGAGAAACCGCACUUGAAAUCCAGGAAUCGUGCCGGGCAGGAAGUCCUAGGCAAGGGGGAAUAUUCUUUUUUUUUUUUAAUCAGUACCAGGGAUUGAACUCAGGACUGUCCGUUUGCAAGGCAGGCGCUUAUGCCAUUGAGCUAAAUCCCUAGCCCAAGGGGGGGGGGAUAUUCUUUGCCGACCCAGGAACGAACUAAAUUAAGAGAAACCAACUAGAAACGCAAUCCCGGUGAUACAGCAGGAACAAAUAAGGUCUCGGCACGGAAGCCGGACCUCGCGCCACUGGAAACUGCGAUCUGAAUUUCCUGCAGCCGCUGUUGCGUCCCGGUUGGCACAGCGGGGAGAGAGGCGAGAAAGCUCGAAAGUGGGAAGCGUUGAAUGGAGUUAGGAGCAGGGCUGGCCAGGUGCCCUGUAUCAACCUGCGGUGAAUGAGCGGAUCAGAACCCUUCGAUAGAGAAGGAGGCUUCAGCGGAGGACAUACUCGGACGGGCAGACUUCCCGGAACAAGAUGCUGUAGUGACUUCAGUCACAUAUCCCCCUCUCAAGCGGAAUUGGUGGGGAGUGCCUGGCCUGCGAGACGCCGCUGGCUGAGACCCAGUAGGCUAGCCCAACCCAGGUCCCAGCGCCUGGAGGUGCACCCUAGCGACGAAGCCUUCGAGCCAGAGCUGUGACCACGGCAGCUGCUGUCGAGCCCGGCCUUCAGGAUGGCAGUCAAGGAGUCUUCCCAGCGGCUGGACAGAGAGCUGUACUCCAGGCAGCUGCCUGUGCUGGGUCUACCUGCUAUGCAGAGAAUUCAGGAAGCCAAGGUCCUGCUGUCAGGCCUACAGGGCCUGGGGGCUGAGGUGGCCAAGAACCUGGUUCUGAUGGGUGUAGGCAGCCUCACCUUGCACGAUCCCCAGCCCACCUGCUGGUCUGACCUGGCUGCUCAGUUUUUGCUCUCAGAGAAGGACUUGGGAAAGAGCAGGGCUGAAGCCUCUCAAAAACAUUUGGCUCAACUCAAUGAAGCUGUCCAGGUCUUCGUCCAUGCCAGUGACAUUACCGAGGACCUACUGUUGAAGUUCCAGGUGGUGGUACUGACCUCCUCAAAGCUGGAGGAUCAGCUGACGAUGGGUGCCUUAUGCCACAAGCAUGGAGUCUGCUUUAUAAUGGCUGACACUCGGGGCCUUGUAGGGCAAGUGUUCUCUGACUUUGGUGAUGAGUUUGUAGUAAAUGACCCCACAGAGACGGAACCUCUGUCGCCUGACAUCCAGCACAUCACCCAGUGCUCCCCUGACAUCCUCACUCUAAGAGAAGAAGACAAGGAGCUCUCUUUCUGUGACGGGGACUUGGUGACUUUCUCAGGCAUUGAGGACAUGGUUGAGCUCAAUGGCUGUCCUUCCCAACCCAUCCACGUACAGAGGUGUAGCAAGGUGGAAGACAAAUACUAUGCAAGGCAGAAUGGCACUGAAAACUACUCAGGUUCAGGGGUUGGAUCUUUCCCAGAGGAUCGGUCCUUGGAAGUUGAGGACACAUCAACGUUUUCCCCCUACUUAUGCGGCGGGACUGUCACCAAAGACAAGGGAUCUGAGACUGUUAGACAUAAGCCUCUGGACAGAGCCUUGCUGGAGCCCUGUGUUGUGGCUUCAAAUGCCUGUGAAGUUCGCCGUGCUCUUUGCCUGCAUCAAGCCUUCCGUGCGCUACACGAGUUCCAGCACCUCUAUGGUCGGCCUCUGCAGCCCUGGGAUCCUGUGGAUGCAGAGAUCAUGGUAACCCUUGCCCGGAACCUGGGACCACUGAAGGAGGCAGAAGAAGAGCCACUGGAUGAAGCCCUGGUGCGGAUGGUGGCCCUGAGUAGUGCUGGUGUCCUGAGCCCCAUGGCAGCCAUUCUGGGGGCAGUGGCUGCCCAGGAAGUCGUGAAGGCAAUCUCCAAAAAGUUUAUGCCCCUGGACCAGUGGCUAUACUUCGAUGCCCUCGACUGUCUUCCAGAAGAUGAGAAAUUCCUUCCCAAUCCUGAGGACUGUGCCUUGAAAGAUUGGCGCUAUGAUGGACAAAUUGCAGUGUUUGGGGCUGGUUUUCAGGAGACACUCAGUUGCCAGCGCUACCUCCUGGUGGGUGCUGGUGCCAUUGGCUGUGAGCUACUCAAAGGCUUUGCAUUAAUGGGCCUGGGAGCUGGAACUAGUGGAAGCGUGACUGUUGUAGACAUGGACCACAUAGAGUACUCCAACCUCAGCCGUCAGUUCCUCUUCAGGCCCUGGGACAUUGGUAAAUCCAAGGCAGAAGUGGCUGCUGCGGCUACCCAAGAUCUGAAUCCAGACUUAGAGGUCACAGCUUACACCCGAAUCCUGGAUCACACCACUGAGGACAUCUACGCAGACAACUUCUUUUCCCAUGUAGAUGGAGUGGUUGCUGCCGUGGACACUUUCAAGGCCCGGUACUACCUGUCUGCUCGCUGCAUCCACUACCUGAAGCCACUGCUAGAGGCAGGCACACUGGGCACUAAGGGCAGUGCUUCAGUGUUCGUGCCACAUGUAACUGAGGUUUAUAAAGGACCUGUGGAAGCUUCUGAAGGUGCCCCCGCCCCUGUCUGCACCUUGCGGUACUUCCCUGGCACAUACGAGCACACCCUGCAGUGGGCUCAGAAUGAAUUUGAGGAACUCUUUCGACUGCCUGCAGAGACCAUCAACCGCUACCAACACAGGGCAGCUACUUCCUUGGAAGAUGUGAGUGGGCUACAGAUGCUAACCUCACUGCAACUGCUGCUAGGUGUCCUGCGAGUGCGCCCACAGACCUGGCAAGACUGUGUGGAGUGGGCCCUUGGCCACUGGCGACUACGCUUCUGUGAUGACAUCAUACGGCUGCUGAGGCUCUUCCCACCUUAUAAAGUGCAUGAGGAUGGAGCUCCGUUCUGGUCAGGUCCCAAACAGUGCCCCCAGCCCCUGGAAUUUGACAUCAGCCAAGACAUGCACUUCCUCUACAUACUGGCAGCUGCCAACCUGUAUGCCCAGAUGCACGGGCUACCUGGCUCAUUAGAUCAGCCUGCACUCAGGGUACUGCUGAAGUUGCUGCUACAGACUGACCCCCCGCAUGUGGCCUCCAUCUUCCAUAGGGAAACAGCUAAAUCUGACCCUGAACAGCUGAAAGAACUACAGGAAUCCCUGGAAGUCUGGACCAAGGGCCCUGCCCUGAAGCCCCUGGUGUUUGGCAAGAAUGAAGACAGCCACUUCCACGUGGACUUUGUGAGAGCAGCAGCUAGCCUGAGAUCUCAGAACUACGGGAUCUCAGAACCAGCAGACUAUGCUCAGAUUUCCUGUUCUUGUCAGAGCAAGAGAAUCAUGAGUCAGAUCAUCCCAGCCAUUGCCACCACCACAGCAGCAGUGGCAGGCCUGCUGGGCCUAGAGAUGUACAAAGUGGUGGGCAGCCCACGACCUGUUGGUGCCUUUCGUCAUACCUACCUGGACCUGGCUGGAAACCGCCUCGAACGCUCUGUACCUUCUGCCCCAGCCAUCCAGAACUUCCAUCACCUGCAGUGGACCCAUUGGGACCGCCUGAAGGUACAUGCUGGGCAUCCCGAGAUGACACUGGAAUCGUUGCUGGCCCAUCUCCAGGAGCAUCAUGGGCUGAAGGUGACAAUGCUGCUGUAUGACAAUGCCCUUCUCUAUUCAGCCCAAGAUUCUGCUGAAUGUCAGGCUCAGCGCCUGCCCCUCAGGGUGACAGAACUGGUUCAGCAGGUGACAGGCUGGGUGCCUGAGCCUGAACGACAGCGGGUGCUGGUGCUGGAGCUGAGCUGUGAGGGUGAAGAGGACGACACAGCCUUCCCACCUCUGCACUAUGAGCUGUUGUAAAGAACCCUGCACUCAGCUUCGUGCAGCCCUGGGCAGAGCCCUGAAUCCUGAGGCCACAGCAGGCACUCAAUAAAACCUGUUGAAGAAAGCCA